GCAGGUUGGAUUAACAUGUCGUUACUCUGGUGAGCUUAUUAGCGAAGAGUGAGCUCCCCAGUGUUUUCACUCCUCCUCCUGGGCAAUCCCAAAUGCGGAAAGCGGUAACCAUAACAAUUGGCAAAUUUAAGAAUUGACUUGCAAAGUUUCCUAUAGCCGUUGCCUUUUUAUUUUUCUCUUUGCUCCACUCGGGUGUUUUUACUUUUGCUUGUUUUCCUUCACAUCCGUCAAUAUACCCUCAUGGCCACUACUGCCUAUGUUCCUUGGUUCGACGCCGUGAAAUCCUUCGACCUGCAUGCCAUGUCCGAAGUGUUCACUACUACACCGUCAGUCACUAUGUUCCUAACCACUGAAAGUUUGAAAGACUUGGAUAAUGUGUUCGGAAAGUCAGAUAACUGUAGGAUGAACGCCUUGCAAUGGUGUCUUUGGCAUAGCUCUGGAGAACACAGUAUCAAGCGACAAGCGGUGAUUAGCUGGCUUAUUCAGAAAUCUACUCCUUCAGAGUUGAACGACCAUCGAUGGGCAAAUGGAAAUACUUCCUUGCACAUUGCAGCCUACAAGAACGAAAUCGAUAAUGUGCAGGUUCUGUUGGAUCACGGCGCUUUACCACACCUUACCAAUGGAUUAAAUUUCACCGCCAGUGAUAUGACCACCCAAGAAGAUAUCCGAAGCAUAUUAGGAGAUGCUAAUAGUAGACUCCUCGAGCACAGCAAGACUUUGGAUGCUGCAUUGUUCAGCAGAGAAAAUGUUUAUACCACUGUAGUCAGCCAAAGUCAGGCCCCCCUAGUGGCGGACGCCAUUACCAGUCACGGCCAUGAGGCUCUUCUUGCCACAAAUACCCCUUUACUACGCUCCAUUUUACGAACUACACCCAUUAGUAACGCGGACUUAAAUGGAUCAGUAGUACGAAAAGACUCCCAGAAGAAAAAUGUCACUUUCAACGAAUCCGCUGAAAUUCGCCAAUAUAUUGAACUUUCAUCCGAUGAGGAGAUACUGCCAAAGAGACGUAGACGCGGUUUCUUCAUGAUGAUGAAUUAUGAUGAUGCUAGCGAGGAAGAGGAGGAAGAAGAAGAAGAAGAUGACAUUGCUGAGGAGGAUAUGCUAGAAGAUGGUAUGGAAGUCAAGAUAGCAGAUCCGUCUGACGAAUUGGAUAUUUUAGCCCGUCUGCAGCAGGAAAUGCAUGCCUUUGAAGAAUACCAAAAUCCUUCGAAUUACGACUGGGAUCAGUUUGUCGAAGACGAGAAUGAUGAAGACCAAGACGAGUUAUACCAAGACAGUGUCGUUACUGAGCUUUCUCCCAUCAGCAAGCGAAUGGACCUGGAAGAAGAAGUACCUGAAAUGCAAAUCAGUGCUGAAGAUUUACUUCUCUUACAAACUCUGCAAACUGGACAUUCGGAAUCCGUAGACUCGUUACUGAAGGAGCUCAUUUCGGCACCCGUUGAAGAAAGCGAAGCCGCAGUUGCCCUAGAUGAAUUGGUCGAAAGACAAGUCAAACUGGUAGAUGAAGACCAACUGCAGCGUGACGAUACCAUUCAUGAGAACAUAUUCUCUUUAGAAUCCGUACCUUCAGAAGAGGAAAUCGAGAACGUGCAAGAAGUACCUAUCCUUUCAGAGCAAGCGGAUAAGCAAGAAAUUGAGUCUGUCGAGGGAAAUGAAGUUCAGGAGCCUCUUAAAUCCGCGGAGAUCGAUAUGUAUCACCAAAGUGAAGCAGAGGAACCGCCGGAACUUGCCUGCGAACAACAUGUUUCCAUGCCUAUGGAAGAAUCUUGUUUAACUGAAGAGACGCCUUUGAAUGACAAUGCAGAUGCCUCAGGAGCUGCAACUGUCGUGGAUGAAGAUAAAUUAGCUUCCUGUGUAAUCAGCAACAACGGUGCCGAAGAUGAUAGCGUCCUUCCAGAAACCAUGCAUGAGAGCAACCAGCCCAUAGCUAACAAAGUUCUACCAGCCAGCCCUGGAUUGGUCGAGGCUCAAAGCGAUUCUUCUAAUCAAGAGCCAACCAGCUUAGAGACACAACCUAUCAAGGUACUCAGUAGCGAUAGUUUGCCAAGUGACAAGAGCUUUAUUUCAAGCAGUUGUGAUGAAGAAGAUAUGGAUGAACACACCCAUCGCACCCAAGCAGUGGGAGCUCAACGCGAAAGAUGGGAGUCAGAUAUAAUGUCACCCAUUGAUAACGAAUCUCCAAUGUCGUUUGCUGCCAUUUUCGCUGCUCAUCAAAACAAACCACAGCCAGAGUUGAGAAUCCAACCGACAACUUAUAUCGAUCUUGCUUUGGCAAAAGAAGCGCUCAAAGGUACUUUGACUGAUGUACAUACCCCAUCCAGCCUAUCUACCGACAUCUCAGUGAAGCCUCUUCCCGCCAUUCCUUCCGGUGAACACUCUACAACAAGACGUCUUUCCGGUCUAUUCCAAAGGUUAUCUGACAAAAAGAGAAUUUCUCCAGCUGUGAAUGGCUUGAAGCAAAUUUCUAUAUCAAACCUGAAGCGGUUGUCACUCGAACAAUCACUACUACGGAAAUCAUACCUUUCGACAUCGGAAGACAAAGAACAGAAUGAUGCAAAUGCAAAGUCUCAAUCUACAGCAGACAAUGCCGCUACCACAAAUGGUGACAACACCAACAUAUUGUCUAGAUCUGUGACAAAUGCUGGGAGAUUAACAAAGUAUUUUGCCAAGAAUCGCAAGGUGUCCGUCGAUAGCGAAACUUCAGAUAGCUCCAAUGUGCUAGAAAAUGAUUCACAGUCUUCCGGAAGUCAGUAUGAUACCCCACCCUCUUCACCUUCUCCAACUGGCUCAUUUGAAGAUGAACAAAAGAGACUCUCGGCGGUGUCUCAGAAAUCAUCUGUAAGACGUCGUCAAAGUAUGCCUAGCUUUACAUCCAGCAGUACUCCUUUGAAGUCAGCAACACGUUAUGAAAAUAUGUCUUCAGAAAAGCUUUCAUCCUCUCCUGUGAAUCAAAAUGCCGUCUUUGGUGAUGCGAGCAAGCGACAUUCGUACGGCUCCGAUACCGACCUAGCCUCAAAACGAUUUACGUUGGAUGUUGCUGAUCGCAACCAUGCUAUUGCUUUUGCAUCCACCAUGCAUGAAUCUUUGGAACGAAUCAGUGAGGGUCAAAAACCCAAGAUGUACACAGAGAAAUAUCAGCAAGAUGUGGUUCAUCUUUCUAGCCCUAAGGACUAUUCACCUAAAAGAGAAGGAUCAGUAUCACCGUCAUGGAAAGCAGCACGAGAACAACAAAAAGGAGGAACUUUUACCAAGAGUAGACAACGAUCAGCUUCUCAUUCUACCAAAGCUCCUAAAGAUAUCCCUGGAAAGCUUUAUGUUCGUCUUGUUGCCGUUCAAGAUAUUAACGUUCCUGUGCCCAGCGAACCAACUUACGUACGCUGCAUUUUGAACGAUGGUACCUAUGAGCACCUGUCAAAGUAUGUGAUGCUGGGUCGCCACAUGCAAUUUGACCAAGAAUUCAAGAUUUCGGCCAACUCUCGCUUGGACUUUUCUCUUUCUCUACACGUUCGACCAGACAGCCAUGUCAAACCAAAACUUCCCAUUACUAGACUCUUGAAUUCUCACAAAAAGGUUGCCCCAGAGCUUUCUCAAUUCGUCAAUCGACAAGACGGCGCUAUCGGGUCCACCAGAAUUUCAUUCGGGGAUAUGAUCGAAGAAUGCCGUAGCAAGCUGUGCUCUGCUACCUUUCCCAGCCAAAACGAUUGGGCCAUCGAUGUGUCUAGGACCAUUGACAAAUUGGAAUCCACCAAAGUCAAACCCAAGACAGUUGGAAAACUGUUACUCCAUAUGGUGUACAUACCAGGCUCUAAGGAUCGCCAUAUGAAAUACCCUAGAGAUAUUGAUGAAUGUAUGCGAGGCUUUGACGCCCGCCGAUGGCAUGAAAAUGAAUGGCGAACAGGCUAUAUGUCGCAGAUGGGAGGCGAUGUUAAUUUCUGGAGACGCCGGUACUACAAAGCCGUCGGAACACGCUUGCUUGCAUACCAUGAUACCCACCUGGCCCCCCGUGCGGCAAUCGAUCUUACCCAGGCGGUCCGAUUGACUUCCAACGGUAGGCUUAUUCUCGGCACGCCACAAAGUCCUGACCAGAGCAGCCGUCAUGAAAUGUCUGAAGAAGAUUGUGUCAAGAACAGCUUCCAAUUUACAUUUUCGAAUGGCGAAAAAAUUGACUUCUUUUGCGACACUGAACGUGAACGUGAUGUGUGGGUGAAUACUUUGCGUGCCGCCAUUGGAUCUAUGCCUCAAUGGCCUGAGUGGCUCAUUGACGGCAAGGACGAUAUUCUCAUCUGAUGAUCUAUUUUUUUUCUCUUUAUGCCGUUUUUACAAAUCUAGUUCCUUUGUAGUAUUCUCUUAAUUCCUUUCCAAGCCUAUCUCUUUUCAAAUUUUGGGAAGCAUAGUUCUCUGCUCUCAUGUAAAUAU